AUGAUUAUUUUAAGAAGCGAGAUUGAUUUUUGCAGAAAUGCGACUGUCGAUACGUCUUCAUCUGAUUUUUUAUGCAUAUAUUCGUCAAACAAGAACCUGAAAUAUGUUCCAAGGGAUAUACUGAGAAUGGAUGGUGAUUUACAAACCUUGAAUAAUGUCUAUUACAUGGUUGACUUUCCAAUUCAAGUUAGCUAUGGAAUCAAUGAAUUUACUACACUGGUCAUCCCUCAGUUAGCUGGAACUGCGUGCAGCAUGAUACCAACACGCUUUGGUCGGCCAUUUGUUAGUUAUUGUGAAUGGAUAAUCGGUAAUGUGGAGUCAGUCAGCAGUUCAAAAGCAUCCAGAAUUAGCUGUAAUCGCUUGAGUGACGUUUUCUUAUCAGCUAGAAAUUCUAAAAUAUUAAGCAGUAUGAAAUUUAAUGAUGCAGAAAACUCGAUGAUUGUACCAAAUGUCUCCUGUUAUGAUCAGAAAAGUAAUCAACCGAUUGUUUGUCCUACUGCAACACCAUCUGAUGUUAUAAGCAACACAACGAAAAUUGUUUGCUCAAAUGUUCCAGUCUCGGUAUACUUCAAAAUUACCUAUGAAGUAAUUGGAUUGAUUACGGGGAUUGAAAUAAAAGCUAUAUAUAGCGAUGUAAUGGAAACAUUUGUACAGAAAUAUGAAGUUGAAUUUGUCCAGGCGAAUUCAUCCAACUCAGUACCUUUAAGUGGAAAUCCUGGUUAUCUGAUUGGACAUCCAAUAGUCUCUGCUAAAGUUAACAGAACUGAACUAACUUCGCUCGGAUAUUCUGGAAACACUGGUACAGUGACCACUAUGAUACCUACGACUGAUGUCAAGCUUUCUAUUGAAGGUGUAAAGCAAACGCUAAACAAUGGAGUGUGGAAUAUUCUUGCCGGUGGUCAGUGUGGAACACUUAUACAAGAUAAAGGUGUUUUAGUAGAACCCAUUCGAUUUGGUGAAGAUGUUUUUAGUGGAUGUAUACUAAAUCUACCAUCGUUUGAAAAACUAACAAGACCUGAAAUGGACUGGACAACACGUUGUGUACAAUACCAAAGUUUAAUAUGGAAGACCGUAUUAAGUCCUCUUGGGAUUGCAAGUGGGCAAAAUAGUAAAGGUUUAGGUAUAAAUUUUAUACCGGAAAAGCCAGACUCAAUAGCAAUAUGGCCGAUAUCUAAAGGAAAUCGUAGCUCAGAAUGGAUACCUAUACAAAAUUUAAUUAGUGAUAAUUUUCCUUCCACUCCUAGAGGAUUGAAUGGAUAUUGUUAUCAACUAUUAGUUGGUCAAGAGAUUGAAAUACAAUAUUCACGCUAUGGUUCAAUGAAACUGCCUCAGAAUCAAAUUGUUGGAGCUAAGAGUAAUUAUAUUUACGGUGAUAUCUUCCUUAUGAAACCAAAUGUUAACAUUGAAAUAACGCAACGAGUACGAUUUGUUGAUGUAACACCAGUGACAGAAAUUCGUGAAAAAUUGCUUCCCUAUUUCCUUUUACGAUUGCCCACUGACUUUUUCUAUCCGUUUGUAUAA